GUACAUAAGGACAGGCUUCACUGACACUGACGCAUUAGAGGAACAUAUCAACACCAGGGGUCCACGAAACUACACGCUCAGAUUUGGGAUCAUCUACAGUCUACAUAAUGUGGGGUGUACAAUUUGCGACCUUCUUGUGUCUCGUGGCAGGCAUCUACUCCGACAGUAACGACAUCCCUAACUUCGCGGCUCUAGUGAACUGCUCGGGUGCAGCAUCAAUUGUCACGGCGUCUCAGAAGUGUCUGGACCUGUACAACAUCCCGAUAACGCUCCCCGAUUCGGAGCUGCUGGCCAACACUUCAUCAAAUGCAAUACAGACCCUGGUUGCAAUGAUGGACAGUAACACCACGAGAACACUCUGCCAACGGGAUAACAAGGAGAACUAUGUGAGCGCCACUCUGUGUACUGCCUACAUCAUGAAGGAGUGCACGAAGAGCAGCCCUGCACUCCAGGCGUCGGUACCUACAGAGGACAGGAUCAGGCAGCAGAUCGACUUUCAGUGCAGUGAUGUAGGAGGUGUGACCAGAGACUGUAUGAUAUCCAAGAUGACGGAAAUACAAGACUGCGUGAACCUCACAAGGCGGUCCAUUGGGCCAGUUGGUGACAACGCUACUGAUGCUGACUGGGCCACUCGGGUGACAUGCGCAAGCUACGUUCUCACUCGUCUAUGUGGCACGAAGCACCUCAAGUCGUGUGGCGAUGCAGCGCUACAACAAUUUCAGCUGUCGAUCCCCGAUCCAGAAAUUUGCAGAAAUUAUACUGAUGAGAGUCUGGGAAUUGACAGGAAGCUGCCGGUGGACUGUUCCAGCAGAUGGGGAGUGAAAAGAGGCUACCUUAACUGUCUUGUAGACGCUGGCAUCACGCUGACCAUUCCUGACUUGGACACUAGCGAGCAGCACAGCGAGUACAUUCUCAGAACAAUCAGCCUCGAUCGCAGUCAACAGAUGUGCAGUGAAUUGUCCAUGCAUCAGCAAGCCGUCAACUGUACACUGUUUGUACAGCGUGAAUGCAGCCCAGACAGCCUCAAGCCCACUGUACCCGACACACAGACAGUACAGACUGGCUUGGAGACCCUGUGUAAAACAAUAGCGGAGUUUGACGCAGACUGUGUUGUAGCUGCAACGAAGUCAGCGUGCAACGGAAGCAGAAAACGCCGCUCACUGUCUCACCAGAGUGUUCUCAAACAUCUGUGUCAAGACACCGCCGAGCGCAACACGUGCCUGGUUCAGUCCGUGGACACCUGCAACCCGUCGACCAAAUCCUCCUACAGCAAGGUCCUGACCACACAGUUGCCCGAGAUGUGUCUGGCAACCGUCAGCGACAACUCAGCGUACAAGCCUGUCCUGUCUCUGUCCAUCAUGGCCAUCCUUUUACUGUUGGUGCACUAAAAGCAUUAUCACAUCUAUUAGGAGCAUGUCAUUUGUUGUGUCACGUUUACUUGUGGAUGAUCGACGAGUGCAACGAUAAUGUCUCAUGAUUACCUCACGGUGUCUGAACAUCUCUGACAGACACCGGAUAUACCACCAUACCUCCUGCCCUUCUCCUAAUUAUAUCGGUGAUAUACACUACCUAAGUAGUUAAUGUAUUUCUGGACAUGUAUGUCAUACGAUUUUUAAAUAUGAUUGGUGUUAAUCUCAUGGUUAAGUUUAAAUGAGAUGGACAAUGGACACCCAAGAGGUGAAUUUCGUGAAUUUAACCUGAUAUGAUAUACAUAUAAUAAUUUGUUUGUUUCUUUAAACAGCCCGUCUGUAUUUAGUUCAUGACAUAUAUAGGCAACCAGUGUUCAUUAUUGUAUUGACAUACACAACACUUUCCUAGUGCCUUUAUUUUCAUCACCUCUAUGUAUAGUGUGACCUAAAUAUAUGAGGUAGAUGGCACAACCACAUUUCCAUUCUGAUCUGGGAAUAAGAAAGUUUCCAUGAAGACAUCCAACUGGUAUUUUUGCCAAUGUUAUUCGAAGUGAUCUGAUUUCAAACCUCCGUCCCAUACCCUGGACAUAUCUGACGGAUUUUAUUUAUUAUUGUUGGUUGAAUAAAAAAGUUGAAUCUU